AUGUUCCUCCCAAAAAAUAAAUCUGCUCCUCCUUCAAAAUCUGAGAGCGAAAGCUCUGAUGAUGAGGCUUCGGGUCAUGGUGACACCCCGCCUCGCUCCCCUACCCCAGAAAUUCCAGUUCGCUCCCAACCUCCUUCUCCUCUACCUGUUACUAUCCCAGUAUCCAUCCCUCCAAUAUUUCCUAUCCCCACCUCUCAACCAUCCACCAUUAUUCCCUUCCCUACCCCAAUAUUCACAGACACUACCACCACUACCACUACUACACGGGCUCAUUCUACAGCUCCCACCCCACACGUUACAACCGAACCACCGUUAACAACCGAACCUCCUAACACUACCAAACCAUUAUCUCCUACACCUUCUACUGACACCACCCCAGUUCUAGGCGGUGAGGAAUUGGAAUUUGAUUCCACCUAUUUUAGUCCUUACUAUGUACAGAGUGACAAAGAUGAUGAUGAGCAUGUUACCAAGCGUCAUCUCAAAGCAGUCAACGACAAACUCGAUCAACUGCUUUCCUCCUCUUCCUCUGGGGCUUACUCAGAUGCUACUCUCAAGGCUUUAUUUUCCUCUGUUGUCGAAGAACAUAAUGCCUCCCUUGCUGCUGCAGCUAAGGCGACCGCUCAGAAGAAUUCUGAAACUGAUAAUGCUUCGGUGGAUAAUCUUCAACGUUCUCUUCAAACUGAACGGUCCAACCUUGAAGCUGCACGCCAAGCAAUCGAAGCUGUCAACGAAACUCUGCAUGCUAAUGUUAAUGAUCGCUUGACCCAACUGGAGGUAGAGUUGGUUGUAGAGAAUCGUAUCAUGGAUGAGCUUGACAGAAGAACCUCUCAGCUGAAGAUGUAG